AUGUUGCUUCAACAAAUUCAUUCAGGAAAAUCCAAUGGACUUGUCCAAAGUUUUCAUACCGCAUACUGGGAAAAUUCCCGUUACAUUGUAUAUGGUACAGGUAAUAAACUUGUAAUCUAUAAUGGACUUUCCGAAUUGAUCCAAACAAUCGAUGCUUCCGAAUUUUUGGAAGAAUCACCGAAUCAAGAGAAAAUUUUCUCUACAGAGAUUUCAGAAUUUGAUGGAAAGGUUCUAAUUACUCUUGUGACAGACAAUUUAAUAUUUUAA